AAAUAAAUACUUUGCAUUUUAGAUACGGCUGGGAUUUGGUUGGGACACGACCUGGCCCACGACAGGCGCUACAUGACCCCCGCACUAUGUCAUCAACGUCGCCUACGCCUCCACCAGAGCGACACGCAGCAGGUCGAUGCCGCUCCACCAAAGCGAUGCCGCCUCACGCCGGCCGCUUGAGAUGGACGCUGGCCGGCAACAGAUCGACGUCGCCCUGCGCCGGUCGCCUGAGAUGGAUGCUGGCACUUAGCAGACCCCCCCCCCCCCCAACGUCGGCCGCCUGAUGAUGAUGUUGUUCUUCCUUCUCCCUGCCUUGGCUGUGUCUUUGGGCGGAGGUGGUCCAGAACGGCCGGUUGACGGUGACCUUCCUCGUCGGCGGAUCUUGGCGCGGACAGGGCAGCAUCUCUAGCGAGCUGUGAACGAAGAAGAAGGGCGACGAGGCUACGGUGAGGUGCGUCAAGAAGUGGAGCAGCUGUGGGUGAAAGGAUUCGUAGGGUGCUCACCGGGCUUCACAGAUUUGGUCGGUGGAUGGGGUUCGGCCCGGCUUGCCGGCGGCGGAGAAGGACGAGCGCGUGCAGGAGCUCAACCGACAGGGAAGCAACGAUACUUGACAGAGGAGCUCGUGUCUGGGUCCUAGAGGUGGAUUUGGUCGCCCAAGUAGCAGCGAGGGCGAGCAGCUGCUGCUGCUUGCUUGCACGCAGUUGAGCAGAGCAACUGGAGAGGGAGAGUACACGAUAAAUGCCAAUGCCAACGCCAAUUAUCAAGUUAUUCAUCUAAUGGAUUGAAGUGAUCAUGCUACUUGCUGAUAUGUAGAAUUGAAGAAGUUGAAAGAUCAUGGAUCAUGCGUGGCUUGGGAGCAAAAUCUGCAAGUGGAAGAUUUCUAUCGUACUGAGCAUAUAUGACAGCUGAAUUCUGAUACUAGAAUUUCUAAACAAAAGGCCAUCAGUUAUCAGCUCUUAUUGGUUGUGCGCUGCGAGGCAGUACUGUUUGAAGUUUACAACUGAAGUUAAGUCGUUUACUAACUGAAGCAAAAAAGAUGAAGGAAAAAGACUCGCGGAUGUCUUCUGUAAGCAAAGUUCAGGAACAUGGAGUUGAAGAGAAGCUAGCAAACAAGUCCCCGAUUGGCCCAUUGACUUCCUCGAGAUCCCUGCAAGUGAAACACAUCUCCGCGCUCUCACUUAUAUUAGCUCGGGUCAGCUGGUCUCUGCUCCCGAGUGGAGAUCCUGAGAGGCUCCGUUAGUUCCAGCUUAAGCAAUGGCCGUCUCCCUUGUGCUCCCGUUCGCCGUCCUCCUCCUCUUCUCCGGCCCAGCCAUGGCAGAGGUGGAGGCUGCCGCAGAGCUGGAGGAGGUGGUCCUGACGCUGGAUGCGAGCAACUUUUCAGAGGUGGUGUCCAAGCACCAGUUCAUCGUCGUCGAGUUCUACGCGCCAUGGUGUGGCCACUGCAAGCAACUCGCCCCAGAGUACGAGAGGGCAGCUGCCGUUCUGCGAAAGAACAGCCCGCCGGCGGUGCUCGCGAAGGUGGACGCGCACGACGAGCGGAACAAGGAGCUCAAGGACAGGUAUCAGGUGCACGCGUACCCCACCAUCAAGAUCAUCGAGAACGGCGGGAGCGACGUGCGCGGCUACGGCGGUCCGAGGGACGCAGACGGAAUCGUGGAGUACCUCAAGAAACAGGUCGGCCCGGCUUCCAUCGGGCUCAGGUCGGCGGAGGAGGCCGCCCGUUCCGUCGGCGACAAGGGGGUGGUCCUUGUGGGAGUUUUCCCCGAGUUUGCUGGUGUCGAGUAUGAGAAUUUUAUGACCGUGGCGAAGAAGAAGCGGUCGGACUACGAUUUCUUCCACACGUCGGACGCAGGCAUUCUACCACGUGGUGAACAGGCCGUCAAGGGCCCUCUUGUUCGUCUCUUUAAACCAUUCGACGAGCUCUUUGUGGAUUCGCGGGAUUUUGACAAGGACGCUCUUGAAAAAUUCAUUGAGGUGUCUGGUUUCCCUACUGUAGUUACCUUCGAUUCUGAUUCAUCCAACCACAAGUUUCUUGAGAGAUACUACAGCAUUCCUAGUGCCAAAGCAAUGCUUUUCUUGCACUUCAGCGACGACAGAAUUGAGGUCUUCAAGAGCCAGAUUCAUGAAGCAGCCAGGCAAUUCAGUGCUAAUAACAUAAGUUUUCUAAUUGGUGACGUUGAAGCCGCUGACCGUACCUUCCAGUAUUUUGGGCUCAGAGAGAAUGAUGUUCCCCUCCUCUUCAUGAUAGCAAAAGGCGGAAAAUAUCUCAAUCCGACUAUUGACCCUGAUCAAAUCAUACCCUGGAUAAAGCAGUACAUAUAUGGCAACUUGGCACCUUAUGUUAAGUCAGAACCAAUCCCCAAGGUGAAUGACCAACCUGUAAAGGUCGUCGUGGCUGACAAUCUUGAUGACAUUGUUUUCAACUCUGGCAAAAAUGUUCUGCUCGAGUUUUAUGCGCCUUGGUGUGGCCAUUGUCGGAAGCUUGCCCCGAUCUUGGAGGAAGUUGCAGUCUCGUUGCAAGACGACGAAGACAUUGUCAUUGCGAAGAUGGAUGGCACUGCCAACGAUAUCCCUACAGACUUCGCGGUCGAGAGAUAUCCCACAAUCUACUUCUAUUCAACCACCGGAAACCUCUUGUCGUACAACGGCGGGAGAGCGGCCGACGACAUCAUCGGUUUCAUCAAGAAGAACAAGGGCCCCAACGCUAGUGCGGCUGCUGCAGCCGACGAAAUGACCCAGAUGGGUGCCGGUGCUGCAGAAGAGGUCACAUCUUCAUCCUCGUCAGCCUCUGUUAACGACGAACUCUAAUCAUGACGCGUAAACCGAGGAGCACUAUGCUACAGAGUGCAGGCUACAGAAUGUUCAGGGCAGUUGUUCAGAUCAAUCGUUCAAUAGGAAGAUGCAUACAAGAUUCAGAUAAAAGAAGUUCUUGCAAAUCAUACUUGAUUUCCGCAGGUUUAUGACGGCCAUGCCGUGUUAUAGGUUGUCAAAUUGUCGUUGUGUUACACAUUCUAAGGUCAGUAGUAAUUGAAAUUUACUGUCAUAACGUUACUGAAUUGAAUAAGGUCACUGUGGUCCCUGUCGUUUUUCAUGCCGCAACGCGGCCUCUGAAUAAUGAUAUAUUGUUUCACAAUGAGGAAUGCAAUUAAGUAGAAGAA